AUGGCCUCCUCUUCCACAAAACCCAGGAGAAGCCUCGGCGCCAUCAUCGACGCGAUCCCCACCCAGCGCGACUAUGUCCCCGACUCUUGUUCGGAAGGCUCUGGAUCGGAAGACGAAGGAAGUAGCAGACUUCCUGUACAAAGUCUCAAGCCGAUACCUCUGACGCCGGUGGCGUCUAACAGGGGACCUCGGGUAUCUGGCGGACUACCCAAUUCCGGGCUAGCAAUGAAGGAGAGAGAGGUGCAAGGCGGUGCUGAGAGGGGUCAAGCACCGACAGAAGAGUAUGAUUCGGCAAUGUUCUUUUCUGUCAUGUGGAGAAAGCCUCAAUAUAAGAAGGUAGAAACAUGGGACGGUGACGCUACGAUCAAGAUACUAGGCAAUAGAAUUGCAAUGCUUGAUGAAGAUGGUAACCAGAUGGCCGUUACCGUGGUCGGCUCCAAAGUCAUCAAACCCGAAGCCGAAUUCAAGAUAGGCGGCUACGAGAUUCAGGUCGAUCAUAGAAUACAGGCUGAAGAAUUCAAGAGCAGCACGAGUAUCCUCAAUCGGCCCCGGGGUGUCAAUGCUGCUUCCUACUCACCGGCAACGUUCGCCAAGCCUUUCAGACCACCCACUCAAAAGGCCGCCGCCAGUCCAAUGCAGCCGUUCAAGCCUCCAACUUCUGUGACAAGUCAUACUCCAGUCGCUGGACCUUCAACCACAUCAGCUCUCCCCACAGCUGCCGCCGCUCAGAAAGCAGUCGCCGCUGCGUCCUUUUACGGCAGUACAACACCAAAACCAAGAGUCGAGAGAAUCGUGAUAGGCGAGAAGAGUAACAAGGAGAGGUUGGAAUGGGGUGGUGCGCUGUAUAAUCCCAAAACGCCGGGAGCAAUCGUCAUGCCCAGACCGACAGAGAAGGAAGCCAAGCUGAAGGGUACGAGUCUGGUGGAUGUUGUCGUCGACCCUACUUUGAGCAACAUCAUGCGUGAACAUCAGAAACAAGGUUUCAUGUAUGAGUGUGUCAUGGGAAUGACGAACGCCGAAGGUGAGGGAUGUAUCCUGGCGGACGAGAUGGGAUUGGGAAAGACGCUGCAGACCAUUGCCUUGAUCUACACGAUGCUCAAGCAAUCGCCAUUCGCCAACCAGUCCGGCAUUAUUGGAAAAGCUAUGAUUGUCUGCCCCGUCAGUUUGGUUGAUAAUUGGAGAAAAGAGUUCAAGAAGUGGGUGGACAGGAGGGUCAAUGUUCUCGUUGCAGACGGCGCAUAUCAUCGCAUAUCAUCUUUCGUCAACAACAAGCAUCAGCAUGUCCUUAUCAUCGGUUACGAAAGGCUUCGCAAAGAAAUAAGGGAUCUUGCUUCGUGUGUUCCGCCCAUCGGCCUCAUUGUUUGCGACGAAGGCCAUCGUCUGAAAUCGAAAGACAACAAAACUACCAAGAUGUUUGAUACGCUCAAGACCCAGCGCCGUAUUAUUCUAUCUGGUACACCGGUACAGAACGAUCUGGGAGAGUACUGGGCUAUGGUCAACUUUGCUUGUCCCGGUGUGCUGGGCAAGUAUGCUGCUUUUUCAAAGCAUUAUGAGAAACCGAUCUUGAAGAGCAGGACGCUGAAUUGUCUGGAGAAGGAUGUGGCGACGGGGAAAGCCAGAGCGGAAGAGCUUGCGAAACUGUCAAGGGAGUUUGUGCUCAGAAGGACAGCGGCGGUGCUGGAGAACUAUCUGCCACCAAAAUACGAAUACGUUGUCUUCAUCGCCCCGUCCAAACUCCAGCUCUCCGUGCUUUCCCGUCUACUCGAUCCGAAAAUUGUCGGCAAGUUCAUCCGUGGUCACGGCGCCCAAUCCUUGGCUUUGAUUGAUAUCAUGCGGAAAAUCUCAAACUCGCCUAUGCUCUUGCGCAAGAAGGAUGAAGAGACCGGAGACAACGGCCGGACUGACUCCGACCUCAGUACAGCCAAGUCGGCUGCCCUAUCCGCCAUUCCUGCAAGCACCCACAUCAACGAUGUGAAUACCAGCGGCAAGAUGCUCGUACUGGACAAGUUGCUUCACAGCAUUCACACAACGACUGACGAGAAGAUUGUGGUCGUCUCUAAUUGGACUUCAACCCUUGACUUGAUCCAGGGAUCGUGUAAAGCGAAGAGGUACCCGUUUCUUAGACUGGACGGUAGCACACCAGCCAAACAGAGGCAAGAGCUCGUGGACAGAUUCAACAAGGACAAGGCUAGGAAGGACAGCUUUGUGUUCUUGCUGAGCGCGAAAGCGGGAGGUGUUGGUCUGAAUUUGAUUGGUGCUUCUCGGCUUGUCUUGUUUGACAGCGACUGGAACCCUUCCACUGAUCUUCAAGCCAUGGCUCGUAUCCAUCGUGAUGGACAAAAGCGCCCGGUGUACAUCUAUCGAUUCCUCACCACGAACGCCAUCGAUGAAAAGAUCUAUCAACGUCAGAUCACCAAGACGGGUCUUUCCGAACAGAUGUUGGAUCAUAACAGCUCAGAGGCAACGACGACCAACAAAGACUCGUUCUCUACGGAAGAAUUGCGAGACAUUUUCACGCUCAAUCUGAGGACCAAUGGCUGUCAAACUCACGAUCUUUUGGGAUGCGACUGUACGCUUGUCGCUCGGGAGAAAACCCUUCAGAUUGAAAGCAAGCCGGCAAAAGUCGACUCCGACGAUGGCGAGCAUGACGUCAACGAGCUUUUGGAAUCGGAGAGCGGCGAAGAUGAGGACGAGGAGGAUGAGGACGAGAAGCCUAAGUUCGUCAGUGCGAAUGAUUACGACCCGGAGCCGACUCCCAAGAUGCGUCGCAAGGCAGCCAAGGAGCAGAGCAACAAGCUGGCAGCUCUCAAACACUGGACUCACUACGAUGCCAAUGAGUCCAAAUCCUUCCGUGGCGUUCAAGAUACCCUGCUGUUCAACAUGCUCCUUGACUCUUGGGAAAAGGAUGAUGCCGUUGUGCGGGAUAGCGAGACAGAGGAUGAGGAAGAUCAAGACGUAGACGAGGAGGUGGACGAGCUCAUAUCUGAUGAGGAAGGUGCGACAAAGAAGCGCAAGUCUAUGGGAGGCAAUAAGGGCUCUAGGGCCAAAAAAGCCAAGACGUCCGAUGUCGGCGCUGCUGUAACGUCUCGGAAGAAGCACAACCUGAAGACUAUGGCGGAGAGGGGGACUGGAAGGGUGACCUUUGUGUUUGAAAAGGUGUCAAAGUCAAAGUUGUAG